CACUGGAGCUCGGGGGGGGGGGACCGAGGCUACCUGAAGGAAAUGGCCACUUCCCGCUUACCACCGGCGACGCUAACGCUAAAGCAGUUCAUGAGAAGGCAACAAGUUCUCCUUCUCUACAGAAGGAUUUUGCAAGCAAUUCGGGAAGUGCCAAAUGAUUCUGAUCGAAAAUACCUGAAGGACUGGGCAAGGGAAGAAUUCAAAAGAAACAAAAGUGCCACCCGAGAGGAUACAAUCCGGAUGAUGAUUACUCAAGGCAAUAUGCAGCUCAAAGAGUUAGAAAAAACCCUUGCUUUGGCAAAAUCUUAACGAUAGCAUUAUUCUGAAAGACUUUCAAAGUUUCCAUGUGUAUUAAUUAGACUCGAUGGGCAGCCUAAAAGCAAGUCAAACUGUACAGUACUUGGGAAAAUGUCAGAACAUGGAGCAUGGCAUGUCAGAGCAAACAAAAGCACAUCAGAACAAUUGCCUUAACACUGAAAAACAUACCCUGCAUUUUGAAAAUGUUUUUGGAUGUGUCAGCAGUUCAAGCAGCAAAAACCAGUACAAGUGGUCAGCACUACCAUUAACCCUCUGGGAAAUGCAAAUUAAAACCACAUUGAAACAGUACCACAUCCACUGGAAUAACUAUAAUUAAAAACAGUUAAGCGAAUGUUGGUAAAGAUAUAGGGAAACUGGACCCCUCAUACAUGCUGUGGGAAUAUCAAAUGGCACAGCCACUUGGAACACAGACUGUCAGUUGCUUAAAAGAUUAAGUUACCAAACAGUUCAGCAGUUUCCUCCUAGGUUUAUAACCAAGAGAACUGAAAAUCUUUCUAUAAGAAAACUUGUAUAGGAAUAUUCAUAGCAGCAUUAUUCAUAAUAGCCAAGAAGUAGAAGCAAUCCAAAUGCCCAUCAUCUGAUAAAUGAUUAAAUAAGAUGUCUGUAGAAUAUUAUCUAGCAAUAAAAAGGAAUGAAGUACUGAUACAUGGAUGUACCAGAGACCAGUCACAAAAGAUCACAUAUUGUAGGAUUCCAUUUAUAUGAAGCAUCUAAAAUAGGAAGAAAGAGGUGGUUCCCCAGGGUGUGGAUAGCAUGGAAAGUAAUUGCAAAUGGAUAUGGGGUUUCUUUUCUGGGUGAUGAAAACAUUCUAAAGUUGGGGGUGUGGGUUGCACAACUCUGAAUAUACCAAAGUCCGUUGAAUCAUAUAUUUUGCAUGUGGGAUAUGUGAAUUAUACUUUAGUAAAGGCUUU